AUGAAUAAUAAUGCAGAUGAUUAAAAUGAAAAUUCAAAUGAAAACCUCAAACCAUGUCCUGAUAAAAAAUUACACCAUUUUGAUUAAGAAUGGCCAAAUUAUGCAAAUAAUCCUUCUCCUCAUUUUACUCCCUCGUAAUUCUUUAACGCUCCUCUUUCACACCUGCCUCCUUUAAAUUUAGAAAAAAGUUAUGAUGAUGGCUAAGACAAAUAAGGUAAGAAAAAUCCCUUUCGAAAAUAUUCUGCUCAUGAAGAUGGGAAUGAAGAAGACCCCAAAUAAAACUAUCCAUAUUACCCACCUUACUAUUAACCUUACCCGAUGAAAUAUCCUCCCCAUCCAUCCCAAAUUUUUAUGCAUUAAUAUCCACAUCCUAUUCCUUACUGGUACAGACCACCUAUAUAUUAUCCUUAAUAUGAUGGGUAGCAUUAUUAAAAUACAUUAUCUAAAGAACUACAAUCCAAAGUCAGCCAAUUGGUGCAAUACUAAAAAGUAUCACCUUUUGCUUGCAAUUGUAAAAAAAGCAAAUGUCUCAAAUUAUAUUGUGAAUGCUUUGCCAAUAAUUGGGUAUGCUCAUAAAAUUGUAAUUGCUGUGAAUGCAAAAAUAGGAUUGAUAACCCUAAUGAAAGAUCAAAGGCUAUUGAGGAAGCUCUACUGAGAAAUCCAGAUGCAUUUGCAGCAAUUUUAACUAACAAUGGAUAACAGCCACAAAUAAUUUAAGAGGAAAAAUCAUAAAAGGAAUCCUAAAAAGAUAUUACAACAAGAAAAGGAUGCAAUUGUAAGAAAUCAGAAUGCAAAAAGAAAUAUUGUGAAUGCUAUAGUAUUAAUCAAAGAUGCACAGAUCUUUGUAAAUGUGAAAAUUGUUUAAAUAAAGUACAACCACAAGAAGAUGCAAUUGAAUAGUUAUAAAAAUAGGAAAACCCAAAAAAAGAGAGCCUAAACCAAAACUUAUAAGUUCAAGAAAUCAAAAUUGACUAAAAGGAUUCUAUUAAUAAAAAAUCAAAAGUUAUUAAAAAGAAAACUAACAAAGCAGAAGAUCCAAAUCAGGAACACUUUUCUGAAUCUGAUAAUCCAAUUGUCAAAGUUAAAUUAACUAUUACUGAAAAAUAAAAAAAAAGAAAAUAAUGA